UUCUCUUUUCUUUUGGAAGAAUAAAAGGAAUUUCUCCAAAUUUAUCUGAAACAAUGGAAUAUUCUUUAACAGUUUUAACUUCUCUGCCCAUUUCAAGCAUUUUAAAUGAAAAUUAAAAUUAUGAUUUGUUCCAGCUGAAAUAAUUAUUCUAAAUCUUAUUUUCUAAAACAUGAAUACUUUAAAAGAUAAAAGUUUUAGCAUAACUAGUCGUUAGAUUUGGAAAAAUAUUUUUAAGAUCUUAGAUAUUUUAGUAUAAAACAUCAAUUUUCUCACACUUGAUUUUUUAUUAAAAAUCUGGUUUUCAUACAUACAAGAGACUAGAAAUUAAUGCGAAAUGUUUAUAACUGUGAUAACCAUUUAAGAUUACUUUUAUCCUUUGCUUUAUGAUCCAGGGAAAUUUAAUCAGAUGCCUUAAAAUGAAUAUUGGCCGCAUGAGUAUUGCUCAUUUUACACCACUGGUUAACUGCAUAUUCAUUUCAGAAAGUCAUUGGGAGUAACAGCAUGCUCUUCACAUAGAAUCGAUGAUGAUUGCCAGUACAUCAGUUACACUUUCAAAAGAAAAGUGGGAUGCUGUUGAAAGAAACACCUUACUUAAUUUAUGUGCUGAACUUGUAAAGUCAACAUUUUCACGCCAUCAGUAGGAACUCCUGGCUAUCUGUGCACAGGGCUGUAGAUUCUGGUCAGUCCCUGUUGGGAGGUUCGCCCUCAUGCCUUGAUCAGAUGGACAGAGGAGAAAGCAGAGACCUUAGUCCUUGGCUGUCACACAAGAUCCCACAAGACCCAGCCCCAAGUGUUUCUCCUUCUCUCUGAGUCAGUAACAUCCUACAACAGGCUUCACGUCCUUAAACACCUGCGGCUGAAAACUUCAAAUUUUUGCAGUGAUGGAUUUGAAGCUGUUCUUGGUCUGUUUUUCACAGAAUCACAGAAUCACAGAAUUGUAGGGGUUGGAAGGGACCUUGAAAGAUCAUCGGGUCCGAACCCCCUGCCAAAGCAGGUUCCUUAGAGCAGGCUGCCCAGGUAGGCGUCCAGACGGGCCUUGAAUAUCUCCAGAGAAGGAGAAUCCACAACCUCCCUGGGCAACCUGUUCCAGUGUUCCGUCACCCUCACCGUGAAGAAGUUCUUUCUCAUGUUGGUGCGGAACUUCCUGUGUUGCAUCUUGUGGCCAUUACCCCUUGUCCUGUCCCCACACACCACUGAGAAGAGGUUGGCCAAAUCCCUCUGUCUCCUGCACCUCAGGGAAGAUGCUCCAGGUCCCGUAUCAUCUUUGUGGCCCUCCGCUGGACUCUUUCCAGGAGAUCCCUGUCUUUUUUGUACCGGGGAGCUAAGAACUGGACACAGUACUCCAGGAUCCCUUGGCCUUCUUGGCCACGAGGGCACACUGCUGGCUCAUGGUCAACCUGUCGUCCACCAGGACCCCCAGGUCCUUCUCCUCAGAGCUCCUCUCCAGCAGGUCAUCCCCCAGCCUGUGCUGAUAUGUCCGGUUGUUCCUUCCCAGGUGCAGGACUCUACACUUGCUCUUAUUAAACCUCAUUUGGUUUCUUCCUGCCCAUCUCUCCAGCUGGUCCAGGUCUUGCUGAAUGGCAGAGCAGCCUUCUGGCAUAUUGGUCACUCCUCCCAGCUUUGCAUCAUCGGUGUACUUGCUGAGGGCAGACACUAUUCCCUCAUCAAGGUCGUCGAUGAAGAUGUUGAACAAGACCGGACCCAGCACCGACCCCUGGGGAACACCGCUAGUCACAGGUCUCCAGCCAGACUCUGCGCCACCGAUCACCACCCUCUGAGCUUGGCCAGUCAGCCAGUUCUCAACUCACCUUACUGUCCACUCCUCUAUCCCACACUUUCUCAGCUUUGCUAGCAGGAUGUCGUGGGACACAGUAUCGAAAGCCUUGCUAAAGUCAAGGUAGAUGACAUACACUGCUCUCCCCCCAUCUACCCAGCUGAUGAUGCCAUCAUAGAAGGCAACGAGGUUGGCUGAGCACGACUUCCCCUUGGUGAAUCCAUGCUGACUACUCCUCAUAGCCUUCUUUUCCACUUGCUUGGAGAUGGAGUCCAGAACAAGCUGUUCCAACACCUUUCCAGGGACAGAGGUGAGACUUUGCUUUGGUUUAAAAGCAGUAGUUAAGAAGCAGACUAAAGAAAGUUGGUGUUUUUUCUUCUUUGAUAAGAUUUUAAAGAAGCAUCACUAAUAAUCAAGAAGCUAUUAGAAACCGUGUAUAUAAUGUGAUCCAAAAUGAAGGAUGGAUUCUGACUAUCAAUUAGCUUAGUUCUGAAUUUUAAUUAUUAUCUUUCUAUUUUUAUUUAUUUAUUUAUUUAUUUAUUGGCACAAAAUUGUGUGUUCUUCAGUGUUUCUUGUAUUUGUAUUCUUACGUAUACAAAAUAAAAGCUUUUAUUGUCUCA